GUAAAUCUCUCUCUCUCUAACUAACCUUUAAACAGUAGAUACACAUUGCAGCAGCAGCAUCACUACAAUUAAAAAAAACCCAGACUUUUUCUGUAUUCAAUUUGCAAUUCAGUGGAAAGGUGAACGGAUCAUGUCACGUUUAAUCCAAGCUCGAUUGGCUCUCUCCAGAUUCUUGAGUGUUGCAUCAUCCAGAAAUGUGCGGUUUUUGUCAACUGAAUUCAAUAAAACAGAUGAGCCUUUUAAAGUUGAGGAAGCAGAAACAGUAAAUACGCCUCCACCACCAACGGAGAAGUUACUUGUGCUCGGUGGAAAUGGAUUUGUCGGCUCACAUGUGUGCAAAGAAGCUCUGGAUCGUGGUCUCACAGUUGCUAGUCUUAGCAGAACAGGAAGGUCGUCGAUACAAGAUUCGUGGGCUAACAGUGUGAUUUGGCAUCAAGGAAACCUAUUUUCAACUGAUUCAUGGAAGGAUGCACUCAAGGGAGUAACUUCUGUUAUUUCUUGUGUUGGUGGGUUCGGCUCUAACUCGCACAUGUAUAAAAUCAAUGGGACAGCUAAUAUAAAUGCCAUCAGAGCUGCUUCAGAAGAAGGAGUUAAAAGAUUUGUUUACAUCUCUGCUGCAGACUUUGGUGUUGUAAAUUAUGUAUUACAAGGUUAUUAUGAGGGGAAGAGAGCUGCUGAAACUGAGCUGCUAACAAGAUAUCCAUAUGGAGGAAUAAUUCUGAGGCCAGGAUUUAUCUAUGGAACCCGUCGUGUUGGGAGCAUGAAGUUACCCCUCGGUGUAGUUGGUUCUCCUCUAGAGAUGAUUCUGCAACGUGCAAAACCACUGAGUCAAAUACCCCUUGUUGGCACGCUUUCCUUUAUUUAUGUACUAGAGGGGGAUGCCUAUGCUGAGCACGGGCCUAACACGUCUUACAGGUUUGAGCUCGCGAUGACAACACAAGUUUAA